GGAGCCGGAUCUAAGAUGGCAGCGGCGGCGGCGGCGGCGGCGGGGCCGGGCGCGGGCGGCGCGGGGCCGGCGGUCCCGGGCGGCGCGGGGCCCUGCGCGGCCGUGUCGGUGUUCCACGGCGCCCGCCUGCUCACCAUCGGCGACGCGAACGGCGAGAUCCAGCGGCACGCGGAGCAGCAGGCGCUGCGCCUCGAGGUGCGCGCCGGCCCGGACGCGGCGGGCAUCGCCCUCUACAGCCAUGAAGACGUGUGCGUGUUCAAGUGCUCGGUGUCCCGGGAGACGGAGUGCAGCCGCGUGGGCAAGCAGUCCUUCAUCGUCACGCUUGGCUGCAACAGCGUCCUCAUCCAGUUCGCCACGCCCACCGAUUUCUGUUCCUUCUACAACAUCCUGAAAACCUGCCGCGGCCACACCCUGGAGCGGUCGGUGUUCAGCGAACGCACAGAGGAGUCCUCGGCCGUGCAGUAUUUCCAGUUUUACGGCUACCUGUCCCAGCAGCAGAACAUGAUGCAGGACUACGUCCGCACGGGCACCUACCAGCGCGCCAUCCUGCAGAACCACACGGACUUCAAGGACAAGAUUGUCCUUGAUGUCGGCUGUGGCUCGGGGAUCCUGUCAUUUUUCGCCGCCCAAGCUGGAGCACGGAAGAUCUAUGCAGUGGAGGCCAGCACCAUGGCCCAGCACGCCGAGGUCUUGGUGAAGAGUAACAACCUCACGGACCGCAUCGUGGUCAUCCCCGGGAAGGUGGAGGAGGUCUCGCUGCCCGAGCAGGUGGACAUCAUCAUCUCGGAGCCCAUGGGCUACAUGCUCUUCAACGAGCGCAUGCUCGAGAGCUACCUCCAUGCCAAGAAGUACCUGCGGCCCGGCGGAAACAUGUUCCCCACCAUUGGUGACGUCCACCUCGCGCCCUUCACGGACGAACAGCUCUACAUGGAGCAGUUCACCAAGGCCAACUUCUGGUACCAGCCAUCCUUCCACGGAGUGGACCUGUCGGCCCUCCGAGGCGCCGCGGUGGAUGAGUAUUUCCGGCAGCCUGUGGUGGACACGUUUGACAUCCGGAUCCUGAUGGCCAAGUCUGUCAAGUACACGGUGAACUUCUUAGAAGCCAAAGAAGGAGAUUUGCACAGGAUAGAAAUCCCAUUCAAGUUCCACAUGCUGCAUUCCGGGCUGGUGCACGGUCUGGCUUUCUGGUUUGACGUCGCUUUCAUCGGCUCCAUAAUGACCGUGUGGCUGUCCACGGCCCCAACGGAGCCCCUGACCCACUGGUACCAGGUCCGGUGCCUGUUCCAGUCACCACUCUUCGCCAAGGCUGGGGACACGCUCUCAGGGACAUGUCUGCUUAUUGCCAACAAAAGACAGAGCUACGACAUCAGUAUUGUGGCCCAGGUGGACCAGACGGGCUCCAAGUCCAGCAACCUCCUGGAUCUGAAGAACCCCUUCUUCAGAUACACAGGCACGACGCCCUCGCCGCCGCCCGGCUCGCACUACACGUCACCCUCGGAGAACAUGUGGAACACGGGCAGCACCUACAACCUCAGCAGCGGGAUGGCCGUGGCUGGGAUGCCGACCGCCUACGACCUGAGCAGUGUUAUCGCCGGGGGCUCCAGCGUGGGCCACAACAACCUGAUUCCUCUCGCCAACACGGGGAUUGUCAAUCACACCCACUCCCGGAUGGGCUCCAUAAUGAGCACGGGCAUUGUCCAAGGCUCCUCAGGCGCCCAGGGUGGCGGCGGCGGCAGCUCUGGCGCGCACUACGCGGUCAACAGCCAGUUCACCAUGGGCGGCCCCGCCAUCUCGAUGGCCUCGCCCCUGUCCAUCCCCACCAACACCAUGCACUACGGGAGCUAGGCCGCGCCGCGUGCACCGGACUGCCAGCACCAGGAAACCAAACGCAGCCCGGCGGCCCGCCUGGGGCCCGAGGAGCCCCGACACCCGGUCACAGCCCUCUUUGUUAUGGCAACGUGGACACUUUUUUACACCGUCUUGCCGCCGCCGCCCCCACCCCACCGCCCGCCCACAUCCUGGCCCUGAGCGCGUGUCGCCGCCAUGUUUUACAUGAGAUCAUGUCGUGGGAGCCCUCGUCCCCCCCCCCACGCCCUCUCCACCCUGACCUGGGGUUGACAUCCGCCAUCACAGGCAUGUCUCGGCCUGACAGCUGCAGUCCCGGCGGGCGGGGAGGGAGGGGAGCAGCUGCCUGCCUGGCCUGUCCCCAGCGGGAGGGCUGUCCUGGCUGGGGAGGCCUCCCCUUCAACUCCCAGGCCUUGGUCACCAUGGGCGUGACAUGCUGCUUUUUUUAAUUUUAUUUUUUUACGAAAAGAACCAGUGUCAAUCCACAGACCCUCUGAGAAACCAGGCCGGCCGGGCCGAGCCAGCAGCCCCUCUCCCCGACUUGGCUCCGUGGUGAGGGGCGGCCCUGCUGGGUCUGUGGGCCGGGGCCCCCUCCCACCAAAGGGUUCACCUCACACUUGAAUGUACAACCCACGCCGCCGUCGGGAAGGCCCUCCGUCCUCGGCCCCUGCCUCUUGCUGCUGUCCUGUCCCUGGGCCCCCGCAGGUGCCCCCGCCCGCCACGAGCCAGCCCAGGCGGCCGGCCUGGAGGGAGGGGUCCCUUGGCCGCCUGGGGCAGACACAGAAACCUCACGGAUCUGUCGUGGAAGGCGUUCUCUUUCCUCGUAGCUAACAUCAGGCCUGUGUAUUUCCCUCGGUCUUUGUAGACGCUCCAGUCCCUACUACUAAGAUGGCAUCUGGGUCCCUCCCCAGCCUGGGAAGGGGCCUUGCAGGGACUGCUCCCUCCAAAAAAAAAAAAAAAAAAAAGAAAAAAAAUAAACAAGGAAAUGUAUGUUUCAGCACAGGCCAUGUUCUUCUACUCCUGCUCCCCGUUUCUGACACCCCCAACCUCAACGUGGUGGAGCUCAGGCGAGGCCCCAGGCCCCGGUCACUGGGCCCCCAGGAGGAGCGGGCACAGUCGAGGCUGGAGCAGCCCGCUCUGCCCUUCCGCCCGUCCUGUCAGGGAAGGCAGACGGCGGCAGGUGGCCCUCAAGGCGACAGCCGCGCUGGACGCUCCCUGCUCAGCUGCCCCUCUCCCGCCUUUAUAUAAAUUCUCUGAAUCACCUUUGCAUAGAAAAUAAAAGUGUUUGCUUUGUAAGAAAA